GGAAAGCAGCGUCAACGGCGCCGCCGGCGCCGCCGGCGCCGCCACUGCCGCAAUGGUGUCUAGUCACGCUGGCAGCAACGGCGGUGCUCGCACCCUUCCGCAAUGGUGUCUAGUCACGCACGACCUGAAGCGCUUCGCUCGCCAAUGCGCCGCCGCCGGGGUCCGCGUCCCUGCGCCGCCACACUACCGACAAUACUUUGACACCCUCGCCGCGACCUACGUGUUUAACUCCGAGCUCUUCAAACCCCCCGGCAGCUCAAUCAUCAAACCCGACAGCGUCCAUCGCAUGUCGGAAUUCCUGAGCUGUCCGCCGUACGCUGUCGUACAUGACGCCAUGCAAGAAAAACUGUACGGCGGCGGCGGAGACGGCGCCAGCGACCCACGGGUCGCUGCCGUGGCCGAAACCGUGCACAACGUCAUGUGCUACCUUCGGCUGCAGCAGGAAAUGAGAGAGGCGCGGCAGGAGGCGGAACGACAGGCGCGGGAGAUGAGGAUGAAGAUGGAGGAGGAGAAGGGGAAUGCGAAUGAGCAACAGCAGCAGCAACAGCAGUUGGUUCUGGAUCCAUGUGAUUUGAUUUUGGAGGUUGAGAUUCCGGUUCAGGUGGUGCUUGCGGAAAUGGAAAUGGCGGGUUUCGGAGUGGAUCUGCCGGCCAUGCAACAGCUGCAUGACGACGCCAAGAAGGAAAUGAGCAAGCUGGUGUCGGAGGUGGGCCACCUAGUGAACAAGCCAUCGGUCAACAUCGCCACUCCCGAGGCCAAGAAGUGGCUGCUGUUCGACCUGCUGCGACUGGACGAGGCGGCGCAGGCGGCGGGGGAGGAGCUAGAGGUGACGGAGAAGGGGC